AUGGAUAUUGAGUAUGUGUACACCAAACACCGUUCGCAGUUUGGUAAAUGGUGUAAUUUUUCUGAGCAUGAUAAGAUUGAGGUGGAUGUUAAGAGUGAACCGAGUUUCAUGAAAGAUUACAUAAGGCUUGAUCCUGUGACGCAGGAGACACAGUUCAGUAGGAAGUUUGCUGCACACGAGGUAAAUACGACAACUGCUACAUUUAAAGAAUCCGGACAGUAUCAUGUUGAAGGCGGAUGGCCCAAGGAUAUCAACAUGCAUGAUUUAGAGCAAACAGUUCGUUAUCGGCGAAAGGUUGAGAAGGACGAACUGUACAUCCACACAAUGUUGCAAUUACUCCCACCCAUGGAACACACCAUUCUUCAGAACAACGCUUGUAACAUCUAUGAGCAGUACUUUCAAGACGAGGAAGUGGCACCGCUGAUUCAAAGAACGUUUUCCAGAACUGUCAAUGUUUACCGAGACAUUGUGCCGUUGAAGAGGCCGAUUACACACCUUUCUUGGUCGCCGGAUCAGGGAAAUCGAUUGGCAGUUAGUUAUUGUGAUACUGAGUUUAAAAAAUCGAAGAUUUUUAGCUGUAAUUCAUACAUUUGGGAUAUUGAUAAUCCAAACACUCCAUUCUUGACUCUAAAACCUUCAUUCCCAGUCGUUACAAUGGAUUAUAGUCCCAAGGACAGUAACAUCCUUGUGAGUGGUCUGAUGUCAGGGCAAGUAGCAAGUUGGGACAUCAGAAGAGGCACUGAACCCGUGGAGAUGAGUCUUGUAGAGAACAGCCACAGGGACCCAUGUGAUAAAGCUCUCUGGAUAAAUUCCAAAACUGGAACGGAAUUUUUCAGUGCAUCCAGAGACGGUCAGAUCAAGUGGUGGGACACUAGGAAGCUUCAAGCACCAAUAGAAUCACUAGUAAUUGAUUUAGUGAAACCUGAGGAGCAAAACAUAGAUCGUGCAACAGGAAUUUCAGCUCUGCAGUUUGAAUCAUCUAUUGGAACUCGCUUCAUGUGUGGUUUAGAAAAUGGAAUGGUGAUCUCGGGUAACAGAAAGGGAAAAACACCAGGAGAAAAAAUAGCAACGAGAUUUAGAGCACAGUAUGGCCCGGUAAUUAGUGUAGAGAGAAAUCCCACGUUUGUUAAGAAUUUUCUGACUGUUGGAGACUGGACAGCUCGAGUGUGGUCUGAGGAUUGUCGGGAAGCCUGUAUCGCCUGGACACCGGGUCAUCGAGAAUUGCUGACGAGUGGAGUCUGGAGCCCGACUCGCUUUUCUGUAUUCUUCCUCACGAAAAUGAAUGGUACCCUAGACGUUUGGGAUCUAUUGGUACAGCAGGACGCACCAGCAUUGAGUAUAAAAGUCUGCGAUGAGGCUCUGACAUGCAUAAAACCUCAUGAACACGGCCACUUAGCUGCAGUCGCUGGGAAGAAUGGAACUACAUAUUUAUUGGAAUUUUCAGAAGCUCUUACUGUCAAUGGAAAAAACGACAAGGUUCUUCUUACUGCGCUUUUAGAUAGAGAAACUCGCCGCGAAAAAGUGAUAGAAGCGAAGAAUCGCGAGAUUCGAUUGAAAAUGCGAGCAACUCGUGUUGACGCUGAUGGAGAGGGGCCCGACGGAAGAUCAAGGCGAGAAUCUGCGAGAGUUCCAAAACCAACAGAUCCAUUGAUCAAACAAUGCGAACAAGAAUACGAAUCUGCAAUUGAAGCUGAAAUAACGAGACAAGCAGUAAUUGAUGAGAAUGAAGUGAACAAUAAUCACCUACAAAACGGCAUCGCUCCGCCCAAUUUAACAAAUGGAGUUUAAUUAUCUGAUUGUAAAGAAUACUUCAGAGGAGUUCUAAAAGGGUUCUAAUCUUCACAAAUCGUUUUAUUGAUCGUUGGUUAUCUCAAUUACAAAUCAUGCAGAAAUCUUCAAGGAAUUUUUCACGGAGGACAACAUUUAGAAAAAGUGAUAGAAAUUACGUAAAAAAUUACAUUCCAAUCCACAUAAAUUUCAAUACUAAGAACAAAGAUUCAACUUUCACUUCGCAAUUUUUUCAUAUUUUUAUGUACAAAUCGCUGAUUUUCGAAGUCAAAAUUGUCAGUAGUGCAUUUUGCAUCAGAAUAGCAUUUUUUACGUAACUUUGGUUAAACUUUUCAUUUGGGGGUUUUGUAGGAAAUUACCUCUUCUGCAAAACAGUUAAUUUCUUAGAUAAUUAGGUAAUUCACGAAAACCUUCCAUUCAAGUCAUUCGGUUCCCGGUUAUUGCAGAAUUUCUAAAGGAAAUUUCAGAUCUGCUGUUUCACUGGAAUGUAAAGUUGAGGUGAGACGGGUGAGUUUGGAAUAUCACGGGUUAUUGAAGUGAGGAUAUCAAUGUUUCUUCUUUAUUCCAUGUAUCAAAAAUUGAUCAUUAGUGGAAAGAAACCAAUUGUCAACAUUGAAGAAGGGAAGUUAUAUGGCCUUCCACAUCUUUGUGACGUCAUAGAAAAUGAUUGGAUGGGAUUUGGAUGAGGUAGGAGGGGAAUCGGGAUUAUUCUCAAUGUGAAUAACCAGAAAAUUUUUACAGAAAAAAAUCGAUAGUACGAAAUGAUCUGUCUGUCAGUCGUGUAGACGCCUAAAAUGAGAUGACUAAUAAAAUUAUCUCGUCUAUUCGAUUUUUGAAAUAAGCAUCUUUUUUUACGCUAAAAUUUGUCAAAAAUGUGCAGAAGAACAAUCACGAAAUACUUUUUUGAUAUUGGACUUCUAAGUAGCGUAUUUUUUGUUUUUUAUGUGAAAAAAUUUACUUAACAUGUGCAAUAAUUCGAUUACAAUGUCUCGGGAUAUUUAUACUGAUUAGAAUUCAAAUAUCAAAAGAGUGAUUUGUAAUAGUUUUUGGGUACGUGGAAUAAGGCGAUCCUCUGCGUUUUGAACAUAUGUUCAAAACGCACUGCAGUCUCUCCUCGACUGACGAUAUCAUGGAAAUACCCAUCGUUGUUGAUAUCCAGUCCCUCUGCUAUAGUAGAUGUACUGAGAGAAAAGCGAACAGGUUCUCAAAAACAUCUUGUUUGGACCAAAAAAAUUGCAAAUUGAAAAAUCGCAAAUUAAUUACUGUAAACAAAAUUGUUUGAUUUGAAUAUAAAAGUCUCAAACAUGAAUAUCUGUUGGCUCAAGAGGCGAAUCAGUCACAGGAGAUGGUGCUUUUGUCAGGAAGAUAAUAUUUCUCAUAAACGGAAGUUUAUCCAGAACUAUUUUGUCCCUACGUUACAAGAUAUCAUCAAGUUAUCAUAGUGCUAUGAAUGUCUAUUUUCCCCUUUAGAAUGCAUUCCAUCGAGCAGGGAUAGCCAUAUCCAUAAAUUAUAAUUACUGUUAAAUUAUUAAGUAGUCAAUUAGUUAA